CCCUGCUUUCACCCCCCCUGGCAACCUGGAACACAACUUUUCGUCAAUGGAAGCGGCUGCAGCCAGAAACGCGAUUAUGGAAUUCUUCCAAAACCCGCCGUCGCCUUCCACUCUUUUCAACGCCUACGCCUCUCUCUCAGCUUCCUUGAUGAUUCUCCGCUCUACACCCAACCCCAUACCCCCACCCAUCAGAAGGUUCCUCUGGUCCAAAAUACAAAAUUAUUUCUUUACCUACCGCGGCCGCUCCCUCGCCAUCAUCAUCAUCGAAGAGUCCUGGGGUGCCGAACGCAACCUCCUCUUUGACGCUGCUAAAGUUUACUUACCCAGAAAGGUUUCCCCGGGAAGUCUAAGACAAGUAAAAAUGGGAAAAAUACCCUCGCAGAAAAACAUCGCCGUCGGCUUACCGGAGGAAGAAAAUAUCGUCGAUUUCUUCCGCAACAUAAAAGUUACCUGGCGUUUGAUCUCUGUUCAAACGGAAACCAAACCUGGUAACCCUGGGAAUAGAUCUUUUCCUUUCCAAAAAUGGCAUUUUAGGCUAUCUUUCGAUGAAAAAAACAGGGAAGAAAUCAGCUCUGAUUAUUUACAGCAUGUUUUGGCCGCAUCCACCUCCUUGACUCAAGAAGAUAGGGAGUUGAAGCUUUUCACUCACCAGCCUCACUACAACCCCAGAUGGACAUCCGCGUAUUUGCAACAUCCGGCUUCCUUUGACACGAUCGCCAUGGACCCAGAAAUGAAACAGAGCAUCAUUGAUGAUUUGGACCGGUUCCUGUCAAGGAGGGACUUUUACAAAAGGAUCGGAAAGGCUUGGAAGCGUGGGUAUUUGUUGUACGGUCCUCCGGGUACUGGAAAAUCAAGCUUGGUUGUGGCCAUGGCCAAGCACUUGAAAUAUGAUGUGUAUGAUUUGGAGCUUAGCAGUAUUCACUCCAAUGCAGAGCUGAGGAAUGUUUUGUUAAGCAUGCCUACCAAGUCUAUUCUUGUGAUUGAGGAUGUCGACUGCUAUGAAGAGGUCCAUGCUCGAUCCAAAAAAGUUAAGAAGAUUAAGAAUGCAUCGAAAACAUUGGAGAAUAUGAAAAUUCCUCUCCAUCUCAUGGAAAUGGGCAAGCGCCCUGCCUGCACUCUCUCUGGAAUACUGAAUGCCAUUGACGGACUCUGGUCCGGCUGCGGGGAGGAGCGGAUCUUCGUCUUCACCACCAACUACAAGGACAAGAUUGACCCUGCGUUGCUUCGUCCUGGCCGGAUGGACAUGCAAAUUGAGCUGUCUUAUCUCAAGCCAUCGGCUUUUUCAGUGUUGGCCUACAACUAUCUCACCCUUCGUGACGGUGGUCACCCUCUCCUUGAAGAAAUCGAGAGCAUUUUGCAGUACACAGAGGUGACUCCUGCGUCUGUUGCUGAACAGUUGUUGAGGAGCGACGAUGUUGAUGUUGCCCUUGAAGGAGUUGUUAAUUUUCUGAAGCGAAAGAAGAUGGAGGAGGUGAACGACGCCGACGACGAAGGUUCAGCGGCGACGCCUGGGAAUUCAAAGAGGAUGAAAUUAUCUGAAAAUUGAAAUGUUUUACUGAUUUUUCAGGGAAUUUCUUAAAAUUUAGUUCAUUUGGGUUUCAAAGUUGUGUGCUUUAUUUAGAUAUCAAACCCUUCUCAUCCUGCUUUCACCUCCCUGGCAACCUGGAACACGAUUUUUCAUCAAUGGAAGCGGCUGCAGCCAGAAACGCGAUUAUGGAAUUCUUCCAAAACCCGCCGUCGCCUUCCACUCUUUUCAACGCCUACGCCUCCCUCUCAGCUUCUUUGAUGAUUCUCCGCUCUACACCCAACCCCAUACCACCACCCAUCAGAAGGUUCCUCUGGUCCAAAAUACAAAAUUAUUUCUCUA